AUGUCGCAAAUCUUCCGCAAGCUGCAAGGCGGCAACCUCGAAGUCCUGAAGUUUGGCAUGUACGUGCUCUUCCCAAUCGGCUGGAUGUACUACUUCGGCACGAACCUCGAUGACCGCUUCGCGACAAAGGGUUUCUGGCCUACCGCAGAGCAAUCGCAUAAGAUCCCGCUGGACAAGGAGGAGAUUGACAAGGAAUUGGCGCGGAUGCGCAUGGCUGAUGCUGUGAAGCGGGAGCGGAGAAUCGCGGAGGCGGAGGCCGCGGAGCAGGCUCGGUUGCAGGCUCAGGCUCAGGCUCAGCAGAGUCAGGCGACACAG